GUGUAGUCACGUGAUCUGGCGCUGGCUCUUCUGGAUUAUCGCUCCCUGCAGGAUUUACUAGGUGUGGGCUGAGCGUUACAGGUGGUACAGAAAGAGCCGACACGGAACCUGAAACAAUCUGAACCGAGUCAGUCUGUGAGGAGUUUCCAUGUAGAUCCCGGCAGCUGGAAUACUGAACCCUGAGAAUGAAGUCCUCCACCAUCCCCCAGCUCUAGCCGGGCAGCAUGGCUCCUGCUCCUCCUUCCAGAGAGGACACCGGCAGCUCAUUAGCUCUGCGCUGGAGGCUAACGCCGACAUAGAUUCUCUUCAACUUCAAAUUGAACCAAUUCAGGCUGGAGUCCUGGUUAAACAUCUAAAUAAGCUGCUGACAGGAUCCAUCCAGACUCGGGGGUUUUUCAACCAUGCGCUACCUGUGACCUUUUUUUGGGCGUCAGAGCUGGACCGUGCGGCUCCUCUGCUCGUCGACCGACCCCAGACCCCGAGCCAUGUCUCUUCUCUUAACUCUACGCAUCGUCUGUGGAUUGAUGCUCCAGCAUUACUUCAGUCCGCUCAGCGCUCAGUACUGCGUCCCACGGAAGACCGUCGACUACCAGAGUCACCUGAAUUUGUUCAAAGAAGAUGGGAUCUUCAAUUACUCAACUAUGCUGAUCAGAGACGACCUGGGUGUGGUGCUGCUGGGGGCGAGAGAGGCUGUCUACGCUCUGGAUAUGAACAACAUCUCGGACCAAAAGGCCGCGGUGUAUUGGCGAGUCACCGAGGAGAAGCAGAGGGAGUGCACAUACAAGGGAAAACACGCAGAGGUGGAAUGCCGCAACUACAUACGGACGCUGCACAGCGUGAACGACACCACGCUCUACGUUUGCGGCACAAACGCCUUUUCUCCGGUGUGCGAUUACAUGACGUUUGCAAACGACCAGCUGACCCUGAAGGGAAAGCAGGAGGAGGGAAGAGGGAAGUGUCCUUUUGAUCCCUUUCAGAGAUACUCCUCCCUCAUGGUCGGAACUGAGCUGUACUCUGCUACAUCCAUCAACUUUCUGGGCUCUGAGCCUGUGAUUCUGCGCAACUCAAAUUUGCCUCUUCGCACCGAGUUUAAGCGCUCCUGGCUCAGUGAGCCAAACUUUGUCUACAUGGACUUCUUGGAGGAGAGCGUCGACAGUGCCGACGGGGACGACGACAAGGUGUACAUGUUCUUCAGCGAGAACGCCAUGGAGUACGACUUCUACAGAAAAGUCGCGGUGUCCAGAGUGGCGCGCGUCUGCAAGGGAGAUAUGGGCGGCAUGCGGACGCUGCAGAGGAAAUGGACCACGUUCCUGAAAGCCAGUCUGGAUUGUUCCUUCCCUGAACCCAGCUUGCCCCCCAUUGUCCAGGACGUGUUCCUGCUACGGCACAAAGACUGGAGGAAGAGCGUCUUCUACGCCGUCUUCACACCUCAGUCGAGCUUGUCUCAGAUCUCUGCGGUGUGUGCAUUCAGCGUCGCGUCGAUUCGAGAAAUUUUCAACGAGGGAAAGUUUAAGACAUCUGUUGCCGUGGAGACGUCCCAUGUGAAAUGGGUGAUGUACACGGGGGAGGUGCCGGAGCCCAGACCGGGAGCGUGCAUCAACAAUAUGGAUCGUAAAAAGGGGAUAAAUGGCUCCCUGGAUUUACCGGAUAAAACCCUCCAGUUCAUCAGAGACCGGCCCCUGAUGGACGAGGCUGUUCGUCCGCUGACUGGGGGCCCGCUGCUGCUCAAGAGGGGACCCUUACUGACCCGAAUCGUGGUGGACAGCGUGCUGGCUCUGGACGGAGACAUUUACAACGUCAUGUUUAUCGGAACUGAAAACGGCUACAUUCAGAAGGCCGUCAACUUUGACGGAGAGAUGUUCAUCAUCGAGCAGAUUCAGGUGUACGAAAACCCCGAGGCCGUCAAGGUCGUACGCCUCUCAUCAAGCAAGGGUCAACUCUACGCCGGUUCUGAAUCUGGUGUCGUCCAGAUGCCGGUCAGUAACUGCAGUCGGUACCAGUCUUGUGAGGACUGCAUCCUGUCCAGGGACCCUUACUGUGCCUGGGACUCGUCCGCUGAGCGCUGCUCCUCCGUCUCCUCUCUGUCUGCGUCCCCCGAAGCUGCAGUCCAGAGUCUGAAGGAGGGGAGCGUGUCACAGUGUCCUCCAGCAGAUCCAGUGCCAGCUGUGGACGUUGCUCUAAUUCCAGGGAACAAUAUCCAGCUGCCUUGCCAGCGUCACUCCAACCUGGCGGAGGUCCACUGGAGGUUCGCUGACCUCCAGGUUUUAUCUACGCACAAAUACUACAUCUACAGCGACGGCCUCCUCAUCCUGAACACGACCGCGUCGGACGCAGGCUUGUACUUCUGUGACUCGGUGGAGCAGAUCAACAGCAGGACGUACAACAGGACUGUGGCCGUUUAUCAUUUACAAAUCUCCUCUGAGCCAGUCAGCCCCGCUCCCGGCAUAGCAGCCACAAAACACUUCAUUCAAACGCCGAAAACGGCUGCAACUGGGUCACAGCCGGACCUGGGCAGCGAGGACCCGCUGACGCCUGAGAAUCAAAGCGACUCUGGGAGAAUGAGCCGCCUGGAGGCGGCCGUGGCUCUGCUGUCGCUGCUGUGCCUCGCUCUCAUCGCCGUCGUACUGUGGUUCUGGAAACGAGGGCACUGGAAGUGCUCCGGGUUGGCGCAGAGAUCCAAGGGUAGCGAGGGGAAGCAGCAGCAGCAGCCGUCGUCGGACUACACGCACAUUCAGAACAGAAACUCUGCGAUUAAGCUCCUGGGGGCGGAGGCCGGACCGUGCACCGCCAACAAUAAUCACACCACUGUGGACUUCAAAAAGAACGGGGAGUACCACUUCCCACCUCUGGCCAGCAUUUCAAGUCUGAACGGUCUGGGGUACAUCCGUGACGAGUCAGAGAUUUGACUCUGCUGAGGCUUCAGUCCUCGUUCUGCAUCGGUGCAAUAAUGAUGUACUUGCAAUGUGUUGUUCAGGUACGUCUCAAUAAACUGAAAUUCAAGCAAAAAGCUUAUUUCAGUAAUUCAGUUCAAAGUCAUGUGCUGUGUCGAUUCAUAGCACACAGAGAAGUGUUUGUUUUAGUUGACUUUGAUAAUAUAAUACAAAUAAAGUUUUUAUUAUUUAUUAUCCAUCAAUUGUCUGAUGGUUGGGCUACUGAGGCCUGUCUCCAGUGAUCAUUGGGCAUGAGACAAGAACUAUAAUAAAUAUAUAAUUAUAAUAUAAAUACAAUAUAAUGGCUUUGCUUCACAAUUGUCCCCGGGCUGUGAUGAUCCCUGAUGCUUUUCCUACCACACUUUUUCCUUCCACUCAAUUUUCCAUUAAUAUGCUUAAACAGUUCUCUGAACUUUAGUGGCUUACCUUCAAUCAAUGACUGACUCCUGAACAAAUGUCAAAUCAGCGGCAUUUCCCAUGACUGUAGAGGCCAUAGCAUGAUCUUAAAAUGUUUUUUUUUUAUUGAUUAUUAUUAUAAAUGUUUUAUUAUCCCUAGAUUACAAAAUACACAUAUAUAUAUAUAUAUAUAUAUAUAUAGUUUCCCCUUUCUGAACCGAACUACUGAAAUAGAUGAACUUUCCACAGAUCUUCCAGUUUGUUGAGAUACGCCUUUAGAUGGUGAAUGGGUUCCUGGUUCUUUCCUGGGUGAUUUCCAAUGUCUGUUCAGGCAGUGGAUAUUCACUAAAAAGACAUGUAACUUGUUAAAUAUCUGCUCCAGAAAUGUUUUUUACAGUCAUAUUUUUGUAUAAUCCCAAUCUGUGAAUACGAUCUGUGUAAUAUUUAUGUACAGUCAAGCUUUUUUUUUUUUUUGACUAUUUAUUGGAGGAAAUUCCCAUUUUCUAUUUUUACCCUCUAAUCUUUGAAAUGAACAUGUAGCAUCUUGGUGACCGAACUUCAAGCUUAAUUCAUUUCAUGGAUCCUGCUGUAUGAAAUCAACAGGGGUAAUUUUUUUCAUUGCUCUUUGGUUGAAUUAAUCUUCCUGCCUCUACUUUUUCACCACUCAUUCAGUAAAAAAAAUAAAAAAUAAAAGCCACAUGUAAUUAACUACUUCUUAACAAAUAUCACCAUUUUGUUUCGAUAAUUACAUCCUAAAGCUCCAGUAGGAAGGCGGUUCUUUUAUUCCUUUCGGUGGGGUUCGCACAGCUUUACUUCAAAUUGUACAUUUGUGUUAAACUGAAAAAGACAAAGCUGUUGCAGGAAUGUACAGGUGUGGGUGUAAAUUUUUGGUGGCAUAUCAGUAAAAAAAUAAAAAUAUGGGAAAAUGGGGGGGUUUGACCUGGAAACAUUGCCUUGUAAAAAUGAAUACGGUAAUACAAAUUUUUUUUGUGAUUUCCUUUUUUCUUACACAGUUGAGUCCUUUGAGAUUUCUCUUAUUGGGGAGAUGGUGAUUUAGGAAGACUUGAGAACAGAAGAACUUAAAUCUCACUGUUCUCAGGUGAGAACAGUGAGAUGAGUGACAAAAAUCUUUUUUUUUUUUUCCACACACCUACACUUGAAUCCCGUUUCAUCUCAUACAAGUGUUGAUAUAAAAGCGAUGCGUCGAGAUUCCCAUUAAAUAUUUACCAGUGUGGUAUAAAGAAGUUAUCAUGUACAUAAUUAGGGAUCAAAAUUGCUUCUGGGCGAUAAAAAAAAUUAAAAUAAAAAAUUGCUGCUGCUGUUGUUGAAUACAUGCGUUAUUUCAAUACUCCCUCAGCCAAUUGCAGCUGGUGCCACAAGGCUUAGAAAGUCUGGCUCAUACUGAUUUAUCAGCAAUGUUUGCAGCUCAUGAAUCCCAGAUGUCACUAAAGCAGUUGGUGUCAUCCAGACGCCAGAUCUUUUUAAAGUUAAAAAUGCAAGAAUGGGAAAGUUUGGCAAACUGUAAAAUUAUUUUCUCAUGUUACAAAUUCAAACUUCAUAGUAUCUUUAGUACUUAUGACACACCAACACAAAGUAGUACAUAAUCACAAAGCAGAAAAUUAGGCAUGAUUUUGAAAAAAAGAAUUAAAUCUGCCUUGAGUUAACAUUGUGUUGCGGCUACAGCUGCAAUCUUUUGGGGAUUAAGUCACUGCCAGCCUUACAUAUCUAUAAAUAUUUCCUCACUCUUCUUUGCAAAAUAGCUCAAAAACUAAUUGAGAGUGAGUGGAAAUCAUACAUGGGCAACAGUUUAUAAAUUUUGUAGUGGAUAUACAUUUGGACUUUGACUAGACCCAUUCAAAAGAUAAACAUGCACUAAUUAAUUAAUGCCUAUUCCUCAGUAACUCUGGUCUAUCACUGACUCUGAUAGACCAGAAAACCAAGUGUCAAAUUUCUUCUGCUUCAAAAUAAUGCUUUGAUUUGAGUCCCAACAAAAUACUCCGACAUUUGGCUUUCAGAUUUAACAAAGUGCAGAAAACAAAAUAUGACAUAACACAUUGUGACAAAGCACAAAAGUGGUGCAUUCUUCUGCUGUGGCAAUGCUUCAUGGAAGAAGCAAACUGUGAUACGAACUGCAGUUAAACAGUCCAAUGUGGUGGAAUAAACCAGAAACGCUGUGUGAAUAAAGUAAUUUAUUGAAAUGUUGCGACAUGUAUAGAAUACUUUCACACGUACGCUUUAUUUUCUGAAACCUAAUACAGAAGAUUUAAGAUGUUACACUUGGCAGUUGUCCUCGAAGGACACUUUAAUGACAAGAAAAAGUAAAUAAAAUGUCAAAAUCUACAAUGGAGGCACCAUCUUUUUCCUCUUAGUUGAGAUGUGGACUUCAGGCAGGCUUUGACAGGCGCAAGAUUAGAUUUUAAUUCCAUACAUAAAAAGCAUGUUGGAAGGACAAAAGUCGAGACCAACUCAGAAUUAGCCUGCAGUUAAUCCAUUGAUCCAUGCAGGUUUCAAUCAGUCUGGAUAUUGGAAGCAAGAUACGAGCUCAUUUCAGAUGAAUGUUUUAGUGGCCACAUGCAAGCCUGUUGUGAUUAAACACAAAAUCUGUAUCUGGUGGAAAGUGAAAGAAACGACAACGAUGGCAGCAGGAGAUAAAGAUGCUUUCAUCCACUGAAAGCAAACAAAACUCAGCUGUUCUGGCUGCUUAGGGUGUGAAAGAGGAGGAGUUAAGUGUUUUGGCAUAUCAGUGCUCAGUAAGAAAUCAAACAGAAAACCUGCUUCACUGAAGCAUAAGAUUAGUU